ACCUGACCUUUCGUCGACCAGUGAGUGGCGUGCCGCGAUACUCUGAGCACACGGACAGUACAUCACGAUGCCAGCUCCUGCUGCUGCUAAGGCUCCUGCUGCUGCUAAGAAGCCCGCUAGCGGCUCCAGCAGCGGCUCCUCCACCCCCGACAGCUCCGGAGCUGAGGAGAACGCAGUUGACGACCUGAGUCUUACAAAGGACCAGAUAAUAUUAUUGAAGAAUGCUUUCACUGCCUUCGAUCACGAGAAGAAAGGCUGCAUCGGGAUUGACAUGAUUGGCACCAUCUUGGAACUUCUAGGACACGCGCAAACCCAGGCCCAGCUAGAGAACAUCAUUAAAGAAGUCGACGUCGAUGGAUCAGGAGAGUUGGAGUUCGAGGAGUUUUGUAUUCUGGCGUCUAAGUUCCUGACUGAGGAGGAGGAGGACACGAACGCAGAACUCCUCAACUCCGAGCUCAAGGAGGCCUUCAGAUUCUACGACAGAGAAGGAAACGGAUACAUCACGACGGAGGAUUUCAAAGAGAUCCUGAGGGAAUUGGAUCCUGAUAUCCCGGAGGCUGAGCUUGUCGGGAUGGUCAAUGAAAUUGAUGUGGAUGACUCGGGUACUGUGGAUUUUGAAGAGUUUCAGCGAGCACUUCGUUAGCAGAAGAUUUGGUGGGAAGGAGAAGAACACAAGAUGUAUAUAAGAAAAUUAAUCCUUUCCGACUGGACACAAGUGUCGAAUCAUCUCCGUUGAAGAUAACAGAGUGUCUUUUAUUUUGUCAUGUUGACAUGUUAUAAUAUAAUGGUGCCUUUGUUUCCUCCUGGCAAUAUUGUCACUACCAUGUAACGAUGCCAGUGUUGCCAACCUGAAAUGACUUGUUUUAGAAGUGAAUCGUACCUACUGUAUUUGUUUGAAUUAAAUGUAUUAUAUUUU